UUAAAUCAGAUUAGAAUGACAUUUUGCGACUUCCGUGAAGGAAACCUUCAUUACAGAUAAUAACUGUUAUUCAUAAUACUGGCGUCUCCAAGAAGCGUGUACAGCGAAUGCUCUUACGUCUCACGUAAUUGUCCGUAAAUCAUUCACGAAUGUAAUCGGGGUAUUCAGGACCAUUUCUUGUAAUUAUGCAGCUGCUGAAUUUCCGAUUUGCCGGUACUUAGACAUUUCCUGUUCAUCGAUUUGCCAUAAUUUCGCGCUGUAUGACCGGAGCAAUGGUGGACCACGACGUAGCGAAGUAUCGGAAAUUCUCUCGCAAUUUGGCAUGGAUAUUGUACUUAACGGGAUUGUGGUCGAACGAGAAAAGUUUAGGCAUAUUUUAUCGUUUCGUUCGAGUCAUAGUGGGUUUAAUUUUCUUCUUAAUGGGGCUCGUCAUUUUAAAUUUCUGCCAUUUUCAUCGGUCGAACCUUAGCCUUAUGCUAAAAGGGCUCAGUUUGUUUCUCAGUACAGUUUUAAUUGUCUUGAAGAUCGUAUGUUUUACGGUGAACCGAACCUGCCUGGUGGACUUGUACAAAGAUUUGGGAAAAGUCUACGACCAAGAUUUGGAGGACGAAACCUUAAGGCCGUACCUUUUGGCAGACCUGACAUUGACAACUCGGUCUUUUCGCAUUUCUGCCCUAAUGGUGUUUGGCACUCUGUCAAGCUACGUCGUCCCAGCGGUGGCCUUUAUGUAUUAUCAAUCAAGAAAUCACAUAAACCCUGUAAAAUACGUCCUCCCUUUUCCCGGGGUUUAUCCCUGGCCUAUAGAGACAACCACGAUUUACAUUCCACAUUUUCUUUUCGAAUUAUUCGUGGCUGUUGGCAUUUUCACGACCACCGUAGGUGUCGACUCGACAUUUAUCCUCUUCGCUAUGCAAAUUUGCGGCGAAACGCGAACCCUGGCUUAUCAAUUUCGGCAAUUUUCCUUUGCCGAGGAUCAAAGACUCGCUCUGAAGAAAUGCCUCGCCAGACAUCUUCUCUUAUUGCGUAGUCGAAACAAUUUACAAACACUCUUCGGACCGAUCGUGUUCUUCCUUUUCUUAUCUAGUGCCGUAAUUAUGUGCGUUUUGGUAUUUCAACUGGUACAGACGGUAAAUUUGAGCCUUGGGAAAAGCAUAUUAUUCGCACUGUAUUUCAUUGUCAAAAUUCAACAAGCUCUGGCUUAUGCUUGGGCCGGGACUUUAUUCACAUCAGAGAGCAAUGGGCUUCUGGAUUCACUGUAUUCGAGUCAAUGGACGGACAUAACAGAUUUGCGAAUCCGAAAAAGCAUUCUCAUAAUUCUCGGUCAAAAGCCAAUGAUCUUAAGAGGGUCAGGAUUUUUCGACGUGUCGGUAAACACGUUCUUGUCGAUGCUGCAAACGGCGGUCUCCUACUUCUUUCUACUGCAAACACUGGAAGGCAAAGAUGAAGAAUGUAAACUAUGAUCGUCA